CUUCGCGCUAUAAAUAAACGGCGACGGAGUCGACCAAUCGCGAGGCGUGUUGUGUGUCAAGUGUAACGCGCUCGUCUUCCUCAGCGAAACAGUGACGAGUCCUGUUCAAUCCGGUGAAGUCCUGCGAAGUCAGCUGCCGCCGCCUUCCAGAGUCCAGAUUAUUAUUUCCCGUUCGACAAGCACAAGACAACCCGUCAACCAUGGCCGACGAUGAAGCUAAGAAAGCAAAACAGGCGGAAAUCGACCGCAAAAGGGCCGAAGUGCGCAAACGUAUGGAAGAGGCUUCCAAAGCUAAGAAAGCCAAGAAGGGUUUCAUGACCCCGGACAGGAAGAAGAAACUCCGUCUGCUAUUGAGAAAAAAGGCAGCCGAAGAGUUGAAGAAAGAACAAGAACGUAAAGCUGCCGAAAGAAGGCGGAUCAUCGAAGAACGGUGCGGACAACCGAAGAACAUCGACGACGCCGGCGAAGAGGAGCUUGCGGAAAUCUGCGAAGAAUUAUGGAAACGGCUUUACACCGUAGAGGGAAUAAAAUUUGACUUGGAAAGGGAUAUCAGGAUGAAAGUUUUCGAGAUCAGCGAAUUGAACAGCCAAGUCAAUGAUUUACGAGGAAAAUUCGUCAAACCAACUUUGAAGAAGGUCUCCAAAUACGAAAACAAAUUCGCCAAACUCCAAAAGAAAGCAGCGGAGUUCAACUUCAGAAAUCAACUGAAAGUAGUGAAGAAAAAGGAGUUCACCUUGGAAGAAGAAGACAAAGAAAAAAAACCCGAUUGGUCCAAAAAGGGAGACGAAAAGAAGGGCGAAGGAGAAGACGGCGAUGGCACCGAAGACGAAAAGACCGACGACGGUUUGACUACAGAAGGCGAAUCGAACGCGGGAGAUAUGACAGACGCGACGGAAGAUGCACAAAGCGACAACGAAAUAAUCGAACCAGAACCAGUGGUUGAACCCGAACCAGAACCUCAACCACCAUCCCCAGCACCGGAGGAACUUUGGGCAUACCUUAAGGACACCGUGUGCUCGAAUAACCCGCUCAGCGUCGACGACCUAGUUGACAAACUUAUGACUGCCGUUACAGCCAUACCACAACCCCUACUGAACUCUGUGGUCAAAGACACUAUCAAAAAACAAAAAUCAAUUGACGAAGGACUCGAAGGUGGUCCUCCGGCCGAAGGCGAUCCUGCAGCACCAGCGGAUCCGGCCGAUCCGUCCGCCGCACCAGCCGAUCCAUCAGCCGAUCCAUCCGCAACACCGGCCGAUCCAACAACCGAAACUGCGGUACCGACGGACCCGGCCACUGAAGCGGCGCCGACCGACCCGGCUACCGCAGCGACAGAACCGGCCGAUCCGACCACAGCCGCAGCGGCUGAAGCGCAGCCAGCACCGCCAGCUGAAGGCGAACAACCGGCGGCUACUGAGGAAGUUAAACCGGCGGAAGCGCCCGCCGCAGAGGCCACGCCAGAAGCAGCGCCUGCAGCAGCAGAAAGCGUACCGGAACCAGCAGCAACAGCUUAAUAAAGACAAUGCAAAAACAAGAGUCAUUCGAUCAUGCAUUCUGAAUAUUUUAUACUUAACAUCGUCAAAUACAAUCGGCGUUAUUUUACUAUUGUGUUCUUACAAUUUUUUAAAUUAACCACAUUGAAUACUUAUAAUGCAUAUAAAUUAUUUUCCGUAUUAAAAACAAAUACAUAAUGA